AUAUGCAUUUUUCGUAUCAGUUGCGAAUCCAUUUAAGCGGAAACAUGUCCACUGAUUGACAAUGGGGAACUAUCAUGCUGCGCAGAGUGCUGCUCAUAUUUGCAACGACGUUGUACUCAUCGAUUGCCCAACAUUCACCAGACCUGCAAAAUCUGGACAGCGACGUAAUAGCAGCAAACAAAGCGAUCCGCUACCAAUUCCCAUACCAAGUAUCAAUACAGAGAAAGAUCGCGAACUCAGAGUACAUCCACAUCUGCAGUGGUGCCAUUCUGUCUUUGACAUGGGUCACCACCACAGCCUACUGUGUAACACCACCAGAAAACCAUUUUCGCGUAGUGACCGGGUUGCUGUACCGACACGCGUUUGAUAUCGAUGUCCAAGUGAUGGAGGUGGAUGUGAUCGUCAUUCAUCCUGAUUACAAAGGGGGGAUAUCAGGUGGCGACCUUGCACUGCUGCAAUUACGCUCAUGGCUCGGUUUUACAAAAUCCGUUCAGCCCAUCCCUCUCAGCUAUGAGGAAGACACAUGGGGCGCGGCCAUGCUGUCCAGCUGGAAGGUGCAGACUCGACUCUUUAAGUCAUACUCGUUCAAGGGACUGUACUACAUGAUCGUCUACACUUUAUCGGAGGAAGAGUGCAAGAACGCGCUGAGCGACAAAUACAAUUUGAGUACAAAAGUUUUAUGCACCGAAAAGAUGGAGGACGGGCUCUUCUGCCCUGGAGAAAGUGGAUCGCCUCUAGUUUCCAACGGGUAUCUCAUCGGGCUAACAUCGUGGGGCUUUCUGCCAUGCGGCAUCACCGUCUAUACAAAAAUAAGUUACUUCCUCGAUUUCAUUAUGAUGUACGUUAAAGAUUUAUAGAUUACUUGAACUAAAUAAUACAGUAGUCCAUUGUUUACGAAAUGUCGAAGGUUAUCUGUUACACAAAAAUCGUUUAUUAACUCAUUCUUCGAAUAUUCGGAGAAGUUUGAAAAUGUUUUUGAAAGUGGCUUGCGUAUUUUUCACGUUUGCAUUGCUGUCGGAAGCGGGAAAAGGGAAGCCUGUCAAGCUUACAGUGCAAGAAGUUGAAGGUUUCACUUCCAAAAUGCAGGUCAUUGCAAUAGAGCUGCUGAGAGAGGCUAUUGACAAUGGUAUUGCAAAUCCGUGCGAAGUGUUGAGCGAUUUUUUUGUGCAUGAGUAUGGCCCAGAGGAAUGGAACUGUGUCGACUACAACGGAUAUAAGAUUUAUUCGAAGAAAAAGAUUGUAAUUAACGCUGGAUUCAAAAGUUAUCUUUUGUUUUCUUAAGUUUUGUUAAUUGAUUUUUUUUUAAAAGGGUAGUUUCAUUUAAUUUGUAUGCAAUAAUAAAUCAUUAUUCUUCUUUUAAA